CAGCUUUAGUAUGUGAAAAGGCGGUUAAUAUUCGACAUUAACAACUCGAUUUAUGUUAAAUUGGAAGCGAUUUGGAUCUUUGGUUAACAUUAAACUAGCAGGCGUAAUGGUCUGAAGUAACGGUUGAUAUUAUAGACAAUUAUUUGACACAUAUAACGCAUAAACUUUAACUUUAUUUGGACGCGACUCAAAAGUCCAGGAAGUAAGAUGGCGGAUGAAAAAAGUAUAGCAUUUAGGAUUCUUAUCUUCGCUGGGUUUCUCAUCAAUACAGCGUCUGCCCAGCUUGCGAACAACUAUGAAUUAGCGCGUCUUAGGAUCAUCGGCACUGCCCUUGGAACGUGCUUCGCAGUCUUCUUAAUUCUCGGCAUUAUAGCAAUUUGCCUGUCCCACUAUGCUGGCAAACAGAGGGAAAAGAACUAUAGGAAUAUGCAGGCUGACAAUUACGCAGGAUCUGUGUAUGCAGUUAGUCUUGAAAGGGGUUAUUUAGGACCUGGACACGCUCAAAGUGUUAGUGGAAGCAGUUGGGUCAGUGGCCCAAGUGGACAUACCUCGUACGCCCAAAGCUCAUACGCUGGGUCUUACUAUGGGCCAAAUUAACGGAUGUGAUAUAACUAACAUACUCUAUGGUGUCCAUGUGUGUUAAUUCCUAAAAUGGAACAGUGACGAUGUAAAGGAAAAUGCUGUCCCACAAGAAGUUUUGUCCUAAUAUUUGGCUGGUCCCAUCUUUGUAUGACUAAUAAACGGAAUUAGGUCACCAUGUAAAUGUAUGAAAACAUCAACUCAAAGCGCCAUUCAUUAUCGUACAUGACGAACAAAGUGCUAACGGCUUUUUACCUUUGCUGAUUGGAAUAAUUUCCCGGGAUAAUUUCAUGAACUUCAUAUUGUAUAUAGAUGCCUACAUGGAGAGCAUACUUCGUAUGAGAAGGUCAUAUGUGUGUAAAUUGUGCUAUUUUUGUUUUAUAUAGCGUUAUAUAAUAGGACAACGGGAUAGGACACUUUCCUGGUAUCGUGCGAUAGAAAUAUUUGUUUCGCUAAAAGCUUAUAGUUCGCUUCUACACGUUCGACAUGUUCUAUACAUGGCUCUUCAGCUGUUUGGAUUGCAUUUAUUUAACCCAGUAUACAGGUAUAUACUCAACAUUGUAACAGAAGAUGUAAGACCCCAUGUU